AUGUCUUUACCUACGAUUAGCCAUUUCCAAUCACUUGGAGUGACUCCCACAACUUCAUUUGCGGACAUCAAACGAGCUUACCGGAAACUAUCUUUAAAGUACCACCCCGACAAAACACCCGACAAAACUCAUCAUGAGAAAUUCAAAGAGAUAAAUGUUGCAUUUGAGGCUAUACGAAAUCAUUACGAGAAAUUUAAUACCACUAGUGAAGCACACUUGCCUACGGGAACGCCAAGUGCAUCCUACUCUGAGUAUCAACAAUUCUCAUCAUCCACAGGACAUUCGUUUUCAAGCAGACAGUAUUAUAGUCGGUUCUCACAUAGUGAACACUCGGCGUCAAAUGCGCGAAAUGCGGCUAAUCCAAGUGGAACUGAUGGUGCUUUUUUCAAAGCAUUCCACAAGUCGCAAGAACAACGAAGACAAGCUUCACAAGAGGCUGCUGCUCGCGCAAAAAGACUCAAAGAGGAGAUGCUUGAGCGGUUAAAGGCUGAGGCAGAAGCAAAGAGGAGAGAAGAGUUACGAAAAGCCGAAGCCCGAAUGAGAGAAGUUGAGAAAAUGGAAGAAGAACGAAGACGAAUGGAAAGUGAGAGAAGGAGAAGAGUAGAGAAGGAAGAACGAAGACUUGAAGAAGAACUUAAAAAGCAACGAGAAGCACAGGAAGUUGAUACGGUACAGGCGGAAACGGCAACUGAGCAGAAUAGAUAUACAAAAAGCCCAUCUGAGAUUCUUAGUGGCGAAUCGGAUGAGGAAUAUAACCCCAACGAGCAUAGAACGCUGCAUACUAGCAGUUCAGUUCAAGAUAAGGAAUAUCAAAAUGCAAAGCAGAGCCGACGGGACAUGGCUGAUGCAGCAGAAACAGCUACUGAAUUUUUGAGGAACCAGUAUAACCCUGAUGAUACCGAAAGACUUUUUAGAUCAAAGAAGAGUGGCAAAGUGACAAACGGUCAAGAAGAGGACUAUGUACCGUCAAGCAAACGCCGUAAGAAUGAUUAUUCAAAUAAAAAUAGAGCAAAAAAUAGCAAAGGGCUCGACAUCCCAAUUGUAUCGGAGAAUGAUUUUACAGACGUUGAGGCAAUUACCAUAUCGGACAGGUCCUAUGACCUGGAAGAUGAUGAUGGAAUAGAAAUCAUAGAGGAGACAGGACCUAAUAUGAAGGCGAAGGGUACGUCAAAUAAAUCGUCCAAUCAAAGAGCGGCCACAGGGGCCAAUAAUGGAGCUCACGUUUCAACGGAGGGGAAGGCUGAUAAGGAAUACAGUCCUGAAAAAUUGGACGAGUAUAUUCCGUUUUCUGUGAAACCGAAAGCUCCCCCUAGAAGUAGUACAAGACCAGACACUAAAAUCAAUCCAACCUUGUCCAAGCGACCUGUGCCCCCACCAACAAAUCAUAUACGGCAUCAUGCAACUUCACCACAUAAAAGAUCUAAGAUCAGCGCCAAUAAUGACUCUUCGGCAUUUGAUAUGGGGAACUUGGGGAUGAAUGUAGGAGACAUUGAAGAAGUUGACUUCCGUGAAUUGGAGGACAGUCUCCCUACUUCGCUGAGGAGAAAGCAACCAAACUCAAAUUCAGGAAAUGUAGCAAAUUCCUCGAGGACCACGCCAGCAGAAGCAACUCGUUUCACAGAUGGUAUCUCCAGAGCGGAGACAUUAUCUACCCCAAUGAAUAAAAAUACUGUGCGUGGCCAUUCUGCUGCCAGACUCCGCACCAAUGCUGAAAGAUCAACGCGGGCUCCACUAACAGUAUUGGACUUCCACGCGUCUCCCAAAGUGCACAACUUUACGUCCCCCAAACCUCCCUUACUCGACUUUGAUGCAAAUAUUAGUCGAGGUAAAUGGCAGCGCUACGUCAAGUCCAUGACAAACUAUCAGAAGUCAUUCUUGGAAUACAAAGAACUUAUAGUGCGCUAUCAACUUGAAAGGACGCAAAAAGAUUUUGAACAUUUUGACUCGAUCAAUGAUUUACAAGAACAAAGCAAUUUGGCGGUGUACAAUGAGUGUUUACUGCGGGAUUUGGAGGUGAUUACUCAGUACAAAGAUGCACUUCGUGUUUUCGGUCUCAACAUGAUGUUUUACCAACAAAAUUGCCAGUGGAUUAGAAUGUGUAAAGAGCCUGAUCCCAAUUGGACCUAA